AUGAGGACUAGCAGAGUACUAAAGGGUGAAACUAAUGUACAAACGCUACUACAACAGCAUAAUACUAUGUUCGAGGAAAAGUUCAUGGGUUCAGUGGACAGCGCUGGAGACACCUGCCUGCAGGACCGUUCCGAUGUAACAAAGCAUUGUGAUAGCUCUAAUUCACGUUCUAGAAAGAGUAGUCCCCGCGACAGUUCAAGGACACAUUCGAACAGUACGAUGCACCGUGGUAACGUGGACAAAUCCAACGAAUCUUUAAACUUGAAUAAUUUUGAUGAUGAUAACGGGGAAAGAACAGUUGAUAGGUCAACGAAUUUUGGUAGCAUGGAUAGUAUAUUUGAACGGCCAAGUGAUGAUCGUGACGAUGUUGAUCAGGCGGUUAGCGCAUCUGCGCAUGUUGGCAGCAUGGAUAGUCUUUUUGGGGAACGAGCUCAUGAUGAUCUCGAAGACAAAGACAGAAUGGCUGAAGCAUCAGAAUAUCAUAAUAAGGAUAAAAAAUACUCUACUAGAGCAGGAGUGAAUGUGGAUGAUGAAGUUCACUAUUAUAUAGACAAAUUGCAACAGCAGAAUAAAUUUUCCGGUAGCCCCAGUGGAGGUGUCUUCAACAACACAAUGUUGGGUAAAUUUUUUAGAAAAAUAUUUCCCACGGUUGGAUCAGAAAUGAGACGCCACAUGAAUAUGCAGACGAAGGAAAACCGUAAUUACUCAGAUGGAAAAGUAAAGGGGAUAGGAAAAUGGUUUAACCUUGCGCGUGACCGUAGACCUUUUGCCCUGCUUGGUGUGUUCGGAGUAUUUUUCUUUUUAUUUCUAACAUUCCUUAUAAAAAUGAACUUCUUCGGCUUAACGUCCCUACUGUACGCUUUAUUCCUACCUCCUUUUACUGUACCAAUUUUUCUCCUAGUACCCCUUGCCAUAUCCUAUGCACUGCCCUUUAUUGCCAUGGCUGCGCUCUGUGGUGGAUAUAGUUUCCUUUUAUUUUACUAUGUAUUCAAAUUAUACAAAGGGAGACGUCCAGAAGAAUAUAUCGACGAAUCUAUUACGAACGGAGAUAUAAAAUCAUUAAAAGCCAUGAAGAAUAUUGCCGCCGACAACACAAAUUCAGAGUGUCGCAUACGACGUCCCUAA